GAUUUUAUUUCAUAGCAACAGGUAGGUGGCCCCGCCUUCGCCAGCCAGGGGGGCGGAGGCUUGUUCAGGACUCUCGUCAGUUCCUAUUCCACAGGGAUGCAAAAGCAAAUGAGGGGAAGGUUAUAGCUCAGAGCAGGGCUGAGCUCAUGGGAAGAUGGCCAACCUGGUGCUGGAGAUGGUGGCUAUGGGGCUGAGCUUGCUGGGCCUGAUCGGGGCGUCAGCGAGCACAGGGAUGCCCAUGUGGAAGGUGACGGCCUUCAUCGGGGAGAACAUCAUCGUCAUGGAGACGCGCUGGGAGGGCCUGUGGAUGAACUGCUACCGGCAGGCCAAUAUCCGGAUGCAGUGCAAGGUGUACGACUCGCUGCUCUACCUGCCGCCCGAUCUGCAGGCAGCCCGCGGACUCAUGUGCUGCUCCGUGGCGCUGGCAGGCCUCGGCAUCUUGCUGGCCAUCACCGGCAUGCGCUGCACCUCCUGCAUCAGGGGCAACUCCAGCGCCAAGCGGGUGGUGCUAAUAGUCGCCGGCAGCAUGAUGCUGGCCGCCUGCCUGUGCGUCCUCAUCCCUGUCUCCUGGACGGCCCACGUCAUCAUCCAGGACUUCUACAACCCACUGCUGAUCAACGCUCAGCGCCGUGAGCUGGGGGACGCCUUGUACAUUGGCUGGGUCUCCUCUGCCCUGCUCUUCGCCGGAGGCUGUAUCUUCACCUGCUGCAGCAUCUCCCGGGACAAAGAAGCCCCCGAGGGGCGGACGUACCCCCACAGCGGCGCCCUCCUGAUGUACCCGCCGCAGGUCCUGCAGCCGCACCCCAUGAGCUACAGCUAUCUCUCCCGCCAGCCUUCCCUGCAGCCCUCGUUCCACCCGGCCAUGCAGCCUCCCAUACAUCCUGCCAUCCAGCUGUCCAGGCACCCCUCCAGCGUGCACAGUGCCAUGGCUUACCUCUGACAUAAUCGGCACUGGCCUGACACUGAGUCCGGUGGAGAUCGGAGUCCGACAGCGGCGUCACGUUCCUCUCAGGUGGGGGCAGAUCUCUCCACCAGCCAGUCCGGCAGGAUCAGAUGGGAUACCUACAGCCCCAGGCCCACCACCGCAAGAUCCAGGGCCGGGAGGAUCACUUAAAUGCAGUGGACUGUGAGGGACAUUCAGAAGGAUAAGUAUCAGCAGUAUAUGAGAUGAGUGAAAUUAAAGCAGCACAGAGACGAACUUCCUUCAAUUAAUUCUGUUCUAGAAAUAAUCAACAGAUUGCAAAUUGCAGCGUAUCGAGCAAUAAUCAAUAUCAUGAUUAUUAAGAAAGUAUAUUUUGUAUCCUAAUGUUACAAGGCAGUAGAAGAUGUUUUUAGAAUUGUUUUCUGAACCGAACGUGAAUAUUAGUCAGUCGGUUCUUCAGAGAUGAUCAACACAAGCAGCCAUUUUCUAGGGACGUGUUCUUGUCUCUCCUUCUCUCGCCUUUGUGAAAUUUAUCACCCGUGACAAUGAAUGCUUUGUUCUUACUGUGGACAUUGGGUUCUUUUUCUGUGUAAAGAGAGUUUUAACGUGUCACUUUACGGACGGCAAAACGGAGAGCGUCACACCUGGGGCUGUGCCUCUCAGGUCACUGACGACGCCCUGUUUAGGACCGACACACCCGCACGAACUCAAAAAAUAUACCUCCCACUCUUUUAGAAAUAGUUUCUUGUCCUCUGGCGGUAGGGCAGCAGAGAAUGUAAUAACCGGGGCAUCUAUGCCCCCUGGAAGCCGCCUGACUGGCCCCAUGCCCGAGCCCGCCGUGCGACUCGAUGGGCUCCGUCAUUUGCGAGAGCGGCAGGUCACGUUCAUCAAGCCGACGCCCACUGGACAGAAGACGACAGAGCAGAAAGCAGAAGCUCUGGCUUAGAGUAAAAUUGUAGCUUUGCUGAAUUCAAAAUCUGCUCUCAAAAUCUAAAACUCUGUGAAGAAGGGGCUUUGUGUAGCUUCUUUUUGAAGGAUCAUAUACAGGCUUAAGAACAUCUGACUCGUGCUAACGAACAGACUGCCAUAAAGCCUAUCAUAUUCAAAAUUCACUUCAUAGUAACAAAUGAACACACUACUUUGUGAAGCCCGUGAAAACAUUGUACAGCUUCAACAGUUCAUCAACUCCAGAUACAGUACAGUACUGUAUGUAAAACUUCUAUAAUUACUGUUUUAUUAGUUACUGUAUUAUUAUUUUAUUGAUUAAGCUAUUAAUUCGACUUAAAGACUGACUUAUUGAAGGGAACGUACCUUGUGCAUAACCUGGGCUCUGCCUGUAUUACAUUUCAUACUGCAGUUACACACCUACAGUCAUACAGUCAUUAUUUAACUUUAUUGAAUUUAUUUAGCUCCUUUCUCUAGACUCCCAGAAACACUUGCAUGGGCAUAUACAUCGGUUCACUAAAUUUGUUUUCAGUUUACUUUUUUCCAUUAAAGUUUGUAAAGUUUGUA